UCACGCAUACUCUUUGUUCAAGCGUAAUAUCCACAACAAAGAUGGCGUCUACUGGUAAACGUGAAAGCCCCAACAUUGGAAUCACUAAGAGUAAACGGCAAAAGAGUGGCGCAGAUAGCGACCAAAUAGAUGAUCUAGCAGCAUCUGAAAGUGUGCUAUCCGGAUUCAAACUGAAGACCGUUCUGCGGGACUCGGCGCGGGAAAAAAACAUCUUUCUUCAUGGGAAGUUAGAUGACCAUGAGGCUGUUGUCAUCCUGGAGAAGACACCAAUCAGAGAGGACACCUUGUCCGAGAUGUUCAGUGGCUCUAGACUAAAGUUGGAGAUGAAAAAUGACAUCUACAGCACUUAUCAACUUCAACCCCCUGCUCAUCUGAAUGAGAUCAAGACCACAGUGGUGUGUCCCGCCACAGAGAAGCACGUUAAGAAGUACUUAUGCCAGGAGACUUUUUUGGUGGAGGAAACCGGGGAGGAUUAUCGCUCUAUCACUCUGCCUUACAUUAAGAGCCAGAGCUUUGGGAUACAGUGGGUCUACAACAUCCUGGAGAAGAAAGCUGAGGCAAAUCGUAUAGUUUAUGAGGAUCCAGAUCAGGAUGUUGGCUUUGUUCUCCUACCAGACUUAAAGUGGGACCAAAAGCAGCUGGAUAACUUGUAUCUGAUAGCCAUCGUUCAUCGAAGAGACAUCAAAAGUCUCCGGGACUUGACUGCUCAGCAUCUACCACUGCUAAGAAAUAUCCGCCAGAAAGGAGAGAAGAGCAUUCUGGAGCGGUAUGGAGUGCCAGCCAGCAAGAUGAGGGUUUACCUCCAUUAUCAGCCAUCCUACUACCACCUUCAUGUCCACUUCACGGCCCUGGGCUAUGACGCUCCGGGCACUGGGGUGGAGAGAGCACACCUACUCUCCGAUGUCAUUCAGAACCUCCUGGCAGACCCUGAGUACUACCACAGUCGCAGCCUCUCCUUCCCACUGAGAGCUGACGACAGCCUGCUCCGUGAGUUCAAAGAAGCUGGGAGGUUGUCUACAUAAUUCCAGCUAUCCUAGUUGUAAACUGUUAUGUAAGCAGUUGUGCUUUUUUUUUUUUACCAUAAUCUUUAUACAAAAUGUAAUACUUGUUUUAUUAAAGUGACCUCAAUCCAC